CAAGGUCACCCAUUCUGGUUUUUCUCUCUUCUCCCCAAGGGAUGCCUUAUGGCAGCCGCGAGAACUCGCUCCUCUACUCCGAGAUCCCCAGGAAGGUCCGGAAGGAGGCUCUGUUGCUCCUGUCCUGGAAGCAGAUGCUGGAUCACUUUCAGGCCACUCCCCACCACGGAGUCUACUCUCGGGAGGAAGAGCUCCUUCGGGAACGGAAGCGCCUGGGGGUCUUUGGCAUCACCUCCUACGACUUCCACAGCGAGAGCGGCCUCUUCCUCUUCCAGGCCAGCAACAGCCUCUUCCACUGUCGGGACGGGGGCAAGAACGGCUUCAUGGUGUCCCCCAUGAAGCCCCUGGAAAUCAAGACCCAGUGCACCGGGCCCCGCAUGGACCCCAAGAUCUGCCCUGCCGACCCCGCCUUCUUCUCCUUCAUCAACAACAAUGACCUGUGGGUGGCCAACAUCGAGACGGGCGAGGAGCGGCGGCUGACCUUCUGCCAUAGAGGCUCACCCAGUGUCCUCGAUGACCCCAGGUCUGCAGGCGUGGCCACCUUCGUCAUCCAGGAAGAAUUCGACCGCUUCACCGGCUACUGGUGGUGCCCUGCCGCCUCCGGGGAGGGUCCAGAAGGCUGCAAGACGCUGCGGAUCCUGUAUGAGGAAGUUGACGAGUCUGAGGUGGAAAUUAUUCACGUGCCCUCUCCCGCGCUAGAAGAAAGGAAGACGGACUCCUACCGAUACCCCAGGACGGGCAGCAAGAAUCCCAAGAUCGCCCUGAAGCUGGCCGAGUUUCAGACCGAUAGUCAGGGCAAGAUCGUGGCGACCCAAGAGAAGGAGCUGGCACAACCCUUCAGCACGCUCUUCCCCAGGGUGGAGUACAUCGCCAGGGCCGGGUGGACCCGGGACGGCAAAUAUGCCUGGGCUAUGUUCCUGGACCGGCCCCAGCAGCGGCUCCAGCUUGUCCUCCUCCCCCCGGCCCUGUUCAUCCCCGCCACCGAGGAUGAGCAGGAGCGGGUGGCCUUGGCCAGAGCGGUGCCCAGGAACGUCCAGCCGCACGUGGUGUACGAGGAGGUCACCGACGUGUGGAUCAACGUUCACGACAUCUUCUACCCGUUCCCCCAGUCCGAGGGAGAGGGCGAGCUCUGCUUCCUCCGUGCCAACGAGUGCAAGACCGGCUUCUGCCACUUGUACAAGGUCACCGCCAUCCUAAAGCCCGGAGGCUACGACUGGAGUGAGCCCUUCUGCCCCGGGGAAGAUGAAUUUAAGUGCCCCAUCAAGGAGGAGAUCGCGCUGACUAGCGGCGAGUGGGAGGUUUUGGCAAGGCACGGCUCCAAGAUCUGGGUCAACGAGGAGACCAAGCUGGUGUACUUCCAAGGUACGAAGGACACGCCCCUGGAGCACCACCUCUACGUGGUCAGCUAUGAGUCGGCGGGCGAGAUCGUGCGCCUCACCACACCCGGCUUCUCCCACAGCUGCUCCGUGAGCCAGGUGGGCACUCCCCCGACGCGCCUGAGGGCACCAUUC